UGCACUUCUUCCAACCAUUAUUUUCUUUAUGACCAACAAAAACUAGAAAGCUGUCGCAUUCAAAGCCGACCCUUUUAGAAAAAAAAAGAGAAUUUCUUUUUCUCCAUAAAGAUAGUGUUCUUGAAAAAGGGUGGAAGAGAUCUAAAGGGGUUCUUCUUUUCUUGAAUUUUUUUUUUUUGCACAAAAACAAGAACAGACAUCGUGGGAUUUUCAGUUUUCUUGUGUGUGGGGAAAGAAGACUUGCUUUUGUCAUUUUUUGUUUGUCCAAGAAAACAUAAAAAGCAGUUUUCUUGAGUGGUAAAGGGACCAAAAUCCUCAAAGAGGGGGGAUGGAGAUGAUGAAUUACCAGCUUGGAAGGAGUUCUUAUCAGGAUUCCUUGAAAGUCCUAGAGGCUGAUAUUCAGUAUGCCAAUACUCUGGCUGCUGCAAUUCCAAGAGAGAAGAGUGGAGCACGUCUUCAAAUGAAACUGACCUACAAUGGAUUGGCUCCUGUGUUUCUGUUUUUGCUCCGUUGGAUAGAUAGUUCCUGCACUUGUCUGCUUCCUGGAUAUCUGAAUUUCUUUCAUGUCCUCAUUUACAAGGUGCGUACAGAUGGGAGACCAAGAAUAUCUAGACAUGGAAGAAGAGCAACUAUUAGCGACUUUUAUGGCGUUAUACUGCCAUCACUACAGCAGCUACAUUCUAACUUGGUGGCGUUGGAUGAUAGUAAAGUUGUAAAUAAUGGCAUAGGAAGUUCUCAAGAGAAAGUGAAAGGAGACUCCAAAUUUUCCAACUUUGAAGCAGAGAGAGAAGAUGAAUGUGGAAUAUGCUUGGAGCCUUGUAACAAAAUGGUCCUACCAAAUUGCUGCCAUGCAAUGUGCAUUAAUUGCUAUCGUGAUUGGAAUACAAGAUCCGAAUCCUGCCCCUUUUGCCGUGGUAAUUUGAAGAGAGUUAAGUCAAGAGACUUGUGGGUCCUCACCUGCAAUGAUGAAGUUGUUGAUCCUGAAACUGUUUCCAUCGAGGAUUUAUUGCAUUUCUAUCUGUAUGUUAACAGCCUGCCUAAGGAUUCUCCUGAAGCGUUGUUCUUGAUGUAUUAUGAAUACCUAAUAUGACAUAAAACAUUUGAGAUAAGUAGUGUACAGAUAGAGAAAGAAAACCUUCAAAUGUACAUAAUUCUGGUGGGAGAAAUUCUCCUUAUUUUCACAGAGAAAUAACCACCUCCAUGCUGUCUUUGUGGUGGUAUUGAUGCCCUCUUCAUGAUCAAUAACAGAUUUUUAUUUCCAAAUAA